AAUCCUACUUCGCUUCCUUCGACGACGUUCCUUCCAGUUCGCCUUCUUGCUGUUGGAUCGGAAGUAGCGACGGGAGUCGCUCUCUGUGAAGAACCAGAGAAAGGCAACACAGCAUAUUUGCUGGCCUCAAUUUGCUUUUGGCAUUCUUCACGAACCUUUACAUUCCCUGGACAGCAGGAUCGAAGCAAGAUGUCUUCCUUUUCAGGAUACCAAUUUCUCGCCACCAAGACAAAGAACUUGAUUGUUGCCGGUGGCUUGACUGGCUUUGUCUUCGGAGUCUACUAUUACACUAUGAGAGCAGUUGGAGGCUCUGAUGAGUUGCAGGUAGCGAUUGACAAGUUUGAAGAGUUGAAGAAAAACUGAAGAAGUGGAGUCUUCUUUUCUGCUGCCUAUAUCCUUCCAACUCUUUCUCCGAAUACAGACAAAUUUUUUUGCUUCUCUCUUUUUAUGGCAAACCAUAUUUUGAAACCUUAAUUUGUUUGUGGAAGAGUAGCCUUUCUCUGAUUAAUUUUCUCAUUAAUAAUAUAGAUAAGAAAGAAUCUAUUGUAUAGGACAAGCAAAGUAAUGUGAUGAAAUUUUGUUCAGGAUAUAAUUUAAUACUCUUGAA